AUGUCUUCGUGGUAUAUAGGCGUGCACCAGCAUAGUGUCUCAGACAGCCAAAUUCUGUCGGUUCAGCAUCGACAACAUCAACAUCACCCACAUUACCUGCCUCAUCCUGGCGUCACUUUGCAGGCUGUUGUAUCAACCCAUUCAUCUGAUAGCCAUAGUCAAGAUCGUUCUUAUAUUCGUACUCACCAGCAGCCUUUUCAUGCUGCAUCUGAUAUGCGACAUCUUUCACACCAUCAAUCACAUCAACCGUUAUCCUCCAUCACAUUAGGUAGUGGUGGGGAUGAUUUCAAUGCCAAAUAUACCACAGGUACGACGCCGAAGACAACGUCAGGCCAAGAUAUACCUGGCCUUGAUCUUUCUUCUACUGUUCUCUCAGCUGACUCUUUUGCAGUUGCCUUGGGCUCUCCUGAUUCGCCUAUAUCUCAUAUGCUGCCAGAAUCACCCUCUCAGCAUACAAUUAGUCCCAUGAUUCCUGCUAGCUUCUCAGUCCCCAACACAAUGGCAUCCAAGGAUCAAAGUGAUAUUUCGAGAAAUGACGCUGAUAGAAGAGGAGUUGAUUUAUUCUUGUUUACUCCACUAGCCCCUCAAGCAAUUAGUGACUUGGCAUCUGGUCAUGCUAAUAGCACGAUUAGCAUGGCUAACCCU